AUGCCUCGCAACGACCCCGUCGACGACGAGCAGCACCGGCUCCGGCGCCCGGCUGUCGGCGAGCGCGACACGCGCCGUCCCCACGUCGUGGCGAGCCACCAGGACCCUUUCCACCAAGCGCGCAUGCCGGCCCACCUUCGCAACACUCUCGACAAGGCGGGCACCCGCAAGGGCCAAAACGACAAAGACGAGUUCACGGAGGCGAUGAACCCUCACUGGGAAAGGUACGCGGAUGGCCGUCGGGCAGACGCUCGCCGGCACAAGGAGAUCGUCGAAGACCACGAGCACGACCAACGCGUUCUCGACGGCCUCGGCGACCUCGACCCGACUCACGAGCACGGCGCCGGCUACGACAGCGACGAAAGCGGCGUGUUUGGCGAGGGAGUGCGCCCUCCCAUUAUUCGCGAGCGGGAGAGGCCUUGCCGCGAGAGCGGGAUCUUCGGCGACGACGAGCCGCAGAUCCGCCAGCCCGCCCCUGCUCCGAGCUCGAGUCGUCCUCAGGAAAGCCCGGUCUCGCCGCGCACCGAGCGCAAGCGCCUCCGCGACCUGUUCCGCCGCAAGAAUUCGACCUCCGGCGACGCGCGGAGCCUUGCCAAGGGCGGCGGGCGCAGGUACCGCGCCGGCGAGGUUGGCACCACGAGCGACUCGGACAGCGACUACUAG